AUGGACUACACCGAAAGAGUGAUGUAUGUAUUCCAAGACACGGAUGUCCUCUUCUUCUCAAUGGUCACUCACGAAUACCCAAACCAUUGUGGAAAGUCAUAUUGCCUAAUCGACACCCUGGACUCUAUCCCAUACUUCGAUAUCCACAAAAGGCUUUCGAUCCAAGACGUCACAGUCCGUGUCGAGUCGAUUCGUCAUUUCUCUGUUUCUCAAAUGGCUCUUCUCGUCGAGAAUGCUUAUGUCCUUUUAGCCGGUUCCGCUCAACAGAGAAGCAAUAUGUGUGAAGUACUAUUGGCGGUCGCCUGGAUUUGUGGAGAGUAUAGCCAACAUGUCCGAAACCAGCGAGGAGUACUCGAAUCAAUGCUGAAAACCAAGCCAUCUGUGAUGCCAGGACACAUUCUGUCAGUGUACGUUCAGAAUAUCGGGAAAUUGUACUGCUCGCUGAUGUCACAAGCCGAGGAAGAAGUUGAUGCUCUCAAAACUUCCCCAAUUCGAGCUCUCCGAGCAUUUGGAAGCUCAGGAAAGAGCGUGUAA